UAGCAACUUGAUCAAUGGUCGUUACAAAUGCAUAUAAUUCAUCAUAAACUAAGAUUUACAAACUUAGAUCUUUAAAAUUGAACCCUUCAAAGACUGUAUCAUGUUCAACAAAACAAAAUUAUAACAUUGUAGCCUGAUUUUUCAUUCAUGAUUGAAUAGAGCCAGGCUUUAAAUAGACCACACGUCACGUGCACUGGACCCCGGAUUGAAUAUAGUGAAUCCAAAAAUUAAUGGUGGAGUGAUACCUGUGCACUGAUACUGCAGCGCCAUCACGUGGAAGCGUGAAAGCCGCCAUAUUGGAUCUUGCAAGCACUCCCAAAUACUUUGUGCGUUUAUAUUACAAAUUUCCUAUCGUUUAAAGUUAUAUAAAAUGAAUGGUGAUACUGAGAAUGGCGGCGGAGGAGGGGGUGGGGGCUAUCAACGGAGCAGCGAGGGGGGAGAACCAGGGAAGAUCUUUGUAGCAGGACUACCACAGGACAUUGAUGAAAAAACAUUAGAAACUGCUUUUGGCAAAUAUGGAAGAAUAGCAGAAGUGUUGGUGAUGAAACACAAGGACUCUCAGGUUCCAAAGGGGUUUGCAUUUGUUACAUUUGAGAACCCAGAUGAUGCAGAGGAUGCCAUUAAAGGCAUGGAUACCAAGGAAUUGAAUGGUCGUAACAUUCACUGUGAGAAGGCAGUGCCAAAACAAGACAGACCUCGUACAUUUGUGGACAGAGGGGGCUUUAGAGGUGGAUUCAGGGGGCGUGGUGGUAGAGGAGGAGGAUUCAGGGGACGUGGCAGUCGAGGAGGAUACAACAGUUAUGGAGGUGGGGACAGAGGAUAUAGUGAUAGAGGACCGUCCUGGAGAAGUGAUCGUGAUGGUAGAGACUCUUAUGGUGGGGGAAGGGACUCUUACAGAGAUGACAGACCCAGUUACAGAGAUGACUACCCACCAAGAGACAGUUACUCAUCUAGACCUGAUAGGGAUUAUGGUCAACGCAGUCGAGAGGACUAUGGUCCUCCUCCCAGCAGAAGCUACUCAGAGAGGGAUAGAGGCAGGGAUUAUGGCCCACCUAGAUCAAGUCGUGAUGGACCAAGUGACUACCCUCCCACAAGGAGCUACCCCUCCAGUAGAGAAUAUGACUCCAGAGACUACAUGAGCUCUAGCUCAAGGGACUACAUCCCCUCAAGGGAGUAUCCACCAAGUCGGGACUCUUAUGGAGCACCCCCUAGAGACAGUUACAGCAGUCCCCCCAGGAGAGACUAUGGUCCUCCCCCCAGCAGUCACUAUGAUUCACGAGACUCUUAUGACCGUGGACCCCCAAGGGACAGCUACAGCUCCAGAGACAGGGACUUAGGGCCAUCGCGUUUCUCACCAAGACCAAGUGGAGGCCCCUCUUAUGGGGGAUCUUCCUACAGAUCAGAGCGUACAAGUAGACCUACCAGAGAGGCUAGCCCAGGUGGCCCUCCACCCUACAAGAGAUCAAGAGGUCCGGAAGAUUACCCCCCUUCAAGCAGGGGCAGCUAUAGAGGGCGCUCAUAAAGAGACUCCUAAUGAAGGCAAUCAAGCAAAUCUCUUGAAGUUUGAAUAAUUAAUAUGCAGAAGUAUGUGAAAGGAACAGAAUCUUAAACCAUAUGGAACUCUGGAUACUUUUUAUAUAUCACUUGUUUUUAACUAAGGAGAGAAAGGACAAUGAUGAAUGCACAUGCACUAAGGAACUGAGUGACUCUGACAGAGCUAGAAUUCAUAAGAACCACAGAGUAAUACAAAAACGUUGUCUGAUGAUAACCAUAGACAGAAUAUGAUUGUGUCGUAGAUGUUGUGCUUGGACAAAAUCAACAUGCUAAUAAGUGUAGUAAUGAUAGAUCUAAUGUGUAUCUAGGAACAAUGAAUCAUCAUCUUUUCACUUAUAUUUUAGAGUCUAAAUAUCUAAUGCACCAUUGUGGAUGUACUUAUAAAACAAGGAGUUGAAGGAAGUGAAUUAUGAUGGAUUGUGUCAGAUUUUAUCAUGUUUUAUUUUCUCAAUGACAACAUGCUGUUGCAAUAUUGUAGAAUUGAACAAGUAGAUGUUCUGAAUAUAAGAGAACUAUUUUAAUAAAUAUUGUAUUACAUACUGAACAUAUAAUCAAAGUGUGAAGAUGUUUAUUUGGUGAAACAAUUCAAGCAAAGUCAAUCAAAGUUCAAACAAACACAAUCAAAGUUCAAACAAAGUCAAUCAAAGUUCAAACAAACACAAUCAAAGUUCAAACAAAGUCAAUCAAAGUUCAAACAAACACAAUCAAAGUUCAAACAAAGUUGGUCAACUCGGGGGAAGAUUCUGAAAAAUCAA